GUGAAUACCUUGAGAAGAUAAUUCCUUUGGUGGUAAAAUUUUGUAAUGUAGAUGACGAUGAAUUAAGAGAGUACUGCAUUCAAGCCUUUGAAUCAUUUGUGAGAAGAUGUCCUAAGGAAGUAUAUCCUCACGUUUCUACCAUUAUAAACAUUUGUCUCAAAUACCUUACCUAUGAUCCAAAUUACAAUUACGAUGAUGAAGAUGAGGAUGAAAAUGCUAUGGAUGCUGAUGGUGGUGAUGAUGAUGAUCAAGGGAGUGAUGAUGAAUACAGUGAUGAUGAUGACAUGAGUUGGAAAGUGAGACGCGCAGCUGCUAAGUGCCUGGAUGCCGUAGUUAGCACAAGGCAUGAAAUGCUUCCAGAAUUCUACAAGACCGUCUCUCCUGCACUGAUAUCCAGAUUUAAAGAGCGUGAAGAGAAUGUAAAGGCAGAUGUUUUUCAUGCAUACCUUUCUCUUUUGAAGCAAACUCGUCCUGUGCAAAGUUGGCUGUGCGACCCUGAUGCAAUGGAACAGGGAGAAACACCUUUAACAAUGCUUCAAAGUCAGGUUCCCAACAUUGUUAAAGCUCUGCACAAGCAGAUGAAAGAAAAAAGUGUGAAGACCCGACAGUGUUGUUUUAACAUGUUAACUGAACUGGUAAAUGUAUUACCCGGGGCCCUAACGCAACACAUUCCUGUUCUUGUACCAGGAAUCAUUUUCUCAUUGAACGAUAAAUCAAGCUCAUCAAAUUUGAAGAUUGAUGCUUUGUCAUGCCUAUACGUAAUCCUCUGUAACCACUCUCCUCAAGUCUUCCAUCCUCACGUUCAGGCUUUGGUUCCUCCAGUGGUGGCUUGUGUUGGAGAUCCAUUUUACAAGAUUACAUCAGAAGCACUUCUUGUUACCCAACAGCUUGUCAAAGUAAUCCGUCCUUUAGAUCAGCCUUCUUCGUUUGAUGCCACUCCUUACAUCAAAGAUCUAUUUACCUGUACCAUUAAGAGGUUAAAAGCAGCAGACAUUGACCAGGAAGUCAAGGAAAGGGCUAUUUCCUGUAUGGGGCAAAUUAUUUGCAACCUUGGAGACAAUUUGGGUUCUGACUUGCCUAAUACACUUCAGAUUUUCUUGGAGAGACUUAAGAAUGAAAUUACCCGGUUAACUACAGUGAAAGCAUUGACACUGAUUGCUGGAUCACCUUUGAAGAUAGAUUUGAGGCCUAUCUUGGGAGAAGGGGUUCCUAUCCUUGCUUCAUUUCUCAGGAAAAACCAGAGAGCUCUGAAACUGGGCACCCUUUCUGCCCUAGAUAUUUUAAUUAAAAACUAUAGUGACAGCUUGACAGCUGCCAUGAUUGAUGCAGUUCUAGAUGAGCUCCCACCUCUUAUCAGUGAAAGCGAUAUGCAUGUUUCACAGAUGGCUAUCAGUUUUCUUACUACUCUGGCAAAAGUGUAUCCUUCCUCCCUUUCAAAGAUAAGUGGAUCCAUUCUUAAUGAACUUAUUGGACUUGUGAGAUCACCCUUACUGCAGGGGGGAGCGCUUAGUGCCAUGCUAGACUUUUUCCAAGCUCUGGUUGUCACUGGAACAAAUAAUCUAGGAUAUAUGGAUUUGUUGCGCAUGCUGACUGGUCCAGUUUACUCUCAGAGCACAGCUCUUACUCAUAAGCAGUCUUACUAUUCCAUUGCCAAAUGUGUGGCUGCCCUUACUCGAGCAUGCCCUAAAGAGGGUCCAGCUGUAGUAGGUCAGUUUAUUCAAGAUGUCAAGAACUCAAGGUCUACAGAUUCCAUUCGUCUCUUAGCACUCCUUUCUCUUGGAGAAGUUGGGCAUCAUAUUGACUUAAGUGGGCAGUUGGAACUAAAAUCUGUAAUAUUAGAAGCUUUCUCAUCUCCUAGUGAAGAAGUGAAAUCAGCUGCAUCCUAUGCUUUAGGCAGCAUUAGUGUGGGCAACCUUCCUGAAUAUCUGCCGUUUGUCUUACAAGAAAUAACCAGUCAACCCAAGAGGCAGUAUCUUCUGCUUCAUUCCCUGAAGGAGAUUAUUAGCUCUGCAUCAGUGGUGGGCCUUAAACCAUAUGUUGAAAACAUCUGGGCCUUACUACUAAAGCACUGCGAGUGUGCAGAGGAAGGUACCAGAAAUGUUGUUGCUGAAUGUCUAGGAAAACUCACUCUAAUUGAUCCAGAAACUCUUCUUCCACGGCUUAAGGGGUAUUUGAUAUCAGGCUCCUCAUAUGCCCGAAGCUCUGUGGUUACAGCUGUGAAGUUUACUAUUUCUGAUCAUCCUCAACCUAUUGAUCCACUAUUAAAGAACUGUAUAGGCGAUUUCCUAAAAACUUUGGAAGACCCAGAUUUGAAUGUACGAAGAGUAGCCUUGGUCACAUUUAAUUCAGCAGCUCAUAAUAAGCCAUCAUUAAUAAGGGAUCUUUUAGAUACUGUUCUUCCACAUCUUUACAAUGAAACAAAAGUUAGGAAGGAGCUUAUACGAGAGGUAGAAAUGGGUCCAUUUAAACACACAGUUGAUGACGGCUUGGAUAUUAGAAAGGCAGCUUUUGAGUGUAUGUAUACACUGCUAGAUAGUUGUCUUGAUAGACUAGAUAUCUUUGAGUUUCUAAAUCAUGUUGAAGAUGGUUUGAAGGACCAUUAUGAUAUUAAGAUGCUAACAUUUUUAAUGUUGGUGAGACUUUCUACCCUGUGUCCAAGUGCAGUGCUACAGAGGUUGGACAGACUUGUUGAACCAUUACGUGCCACAUGUACAACUAAGGUAAAGGCAAACUCAGUAAAGCAGGAGUUUGAAAAGCAAGAUGAAUUAAAGCGAUCUGCCAUGAGAGCAGUAGCAGCACUGCUAACCAUUCCAGAAGCAGAAAAGAGUCCACUGAUGAGUGAAUUCCAGUCGCAGAUCAGUUCUAACCCUGAGCUGGCGGCCAUCUUUGAAAGUAUCCAAAAAGAUUCAUCAUCCACUAAUUUGGAAUCAAUGGACACUAGUUAGAUGUUUGUUCAACAUGGGGACCAUUACAUUUGACCAUACAAUGCACUGAAUUGACAAGUUAAUCAUAAGACGUGGAAAGAGAAGUGUCUAAAAGCUUCAAAAUGUUCCACUUAUUUUUCUUUUCUGAGACAGUUCAGCUUUCUUCCAUUGUUUUUGUAGCAUUUAUUUCAGAAAUACAUAUUUCCAUAAUCCAGAGGUUGUAAAACCACUAAUGUUUUAGUGGUUAGGGCAACAUUUAAAAUGAAACUAAAUGUUUGGUUUAUGGAAUGUGGCAAUAGGGUGCAGUAUCUAUUUACCUUGUAAUGUUUAGGAUUAAAAUGUUAAAAUUUUGUGACCAUGAA